AUGCCGCCCGAGGUGGCCAGGCCGCCGUUCCGCGAGCGUUGGCAAAUGACCAAGUGGCAGCGCUGGCUAAAAAGCAGGGGGAAAGUGUUCUCGCAAGCGUCGUCGGGGCCGAGUAUCAUGGCACGGACGCCGCGGAACUCCACGAACGCGGAGGACGUCGCGGCUUCCGUGCGCGGAUGGGAGGACAUCGCAGGCACGGGGUGGCGUUCGUUCGCUGCAGAAGCGGCGGGCCUCGGGGGGAAGCGACGCCAUAUGCUCUCCAUCUUCCGCCCCACCAAGGUGCCGCGCGUGGCGAAGCACAAGGCGCGCAGUGACCGAGAAUACACGUCCAGGUUCCGCGGGGUGCAUCAGACAUUCCCGACGGGCCGCUGGGAGGCUCAGUUCAGGAGGGACGGCAGGCCGACAUCCCUGGGCUGCUUCGACCUCGAGGAGGAGGCAGCGCGUGCCUACGACCGCAUGAUGAUCUGGUGCGAAUUGCACCAGGCGACGGGCUCCAAGGGCGUAGCGACGAACUUUGACGUCACAGAGUACGAGGCGGAUCUGCACUACCUCAGGGGACUCAGUCAAGACGAGUUGCUGCAGGAGCUGCGAGACCAGGGCAAGGCACAAGCCAAGGCACAAGGGCGGCGACGCAUCGGGCGACGCGCGCGAGGGGGCGCAGUCACGCGGCAGGCGGAGGCCGAUCGGCAAGCAGCAGCAGACGGCACGCCCGGGCAGGAACAGUGA